AUGGGCGCAAACGGCGCGGUCGGCGCCACGGGCGCCCGCCGCGCGGUGGUGGUCGGCUGUGGGCCCGUGGGGUCCCUCGCCGCGAUCUAUUUGGCGAGGACGGGAUGGAGGGUGGAGGUUUUUGAGGUGCAGCCAAGAUAUGAGGAUCGGCUGGCUCAGGCCGGCGCGGCGCAGAGGGCCUACACCAUCCUGCUGGGGCCAAGAGGCAAGGAUGCGAUCAACGGCGCCGGGGCGAGCCUGGGGCGCGAUCGAGGCGUGGACUUGGAGGGUUAUGUGCUGCACCGUGGAAGGGUGGGGCAGACGAUGAACGUGGAUUUGAGGGCGGGAAAGUUGACGGCGAUCAAUCGCGACGUGCUGGGGUGGACGCUGCAGCAGCAUGGGGCGGCCGCGCACGCAGAUAGGAUCCAGUACUAUUUUGGCCACCGGCUGACCGGGCUGGAUUUUGAACAGAAGGUGGCGACGUUCGAAGGGGGCGGGGGGGAUGUUGCGAGAGGGUACGACCUGCUGGUGGGCGCGGACGGCGUGUGGAGCGGCGUGCGGGCGGAGAUGGCUAAGGCGGGCUUCCUGACGUUCCAGCAGCACAGGAACGUUGGGGGGAUCAAGGUCGUAGAGGUGGACGGCCUCCCUGGCGCCGGGGACGCGUGGGGCAGGCAGUGGCACAUGUGGGUGCGCCACUCGCCCAAGUUCGCGAUGCUGGGCUCCCCCACGCCCGCUGGGAGGUUCCGCCUGGGCAUCGGCACGAUGACACGCGACUGGGACGAGGAGUUCGGGCACUUAAGGACCGAGGCUGACGUAGCGGCCAAGUUUGAGUCUAAGUUUCCGGACCUCUUCGGCGGCAACCCGCUACCAGAGGGGCUGGCCAGGGACCUCCUGGAGCAGCGGGCCAGCCACAACGGUGUGGCGACACACUGCAGCGCCUUCCACGGCGGCGGCGCGGUGCUGGUGGGCGACGCCGCGCACUCCAUGUGGCUCAACCGGGGCCAGGGCUGCAACUCCGGUCUGGAGAGCGCUCGGAUUCUGUCGGAGGUGAUCGAGGAGCACGGGGGCGACCUGGCCAAGGCGCUGCCGGCGUUCACCGCUGCGAGGAAGCCCGACACUGACGCGGCGGUGGCCAUGUCCAAGAGGCCGCUGAUCAACCCAGGGGUGAUGCUGCGGGGCAUGGUGCUGUGGGCCCUCCACCGCGCGCUGCCGUUCGCUUUUGGGCCGCUGGCGGAGGAUGGCGUCGCCGACCCGCGGGUGCCCUACUCGAGGAUCGAGGCGAUGCACAGGUGGCAGGACGCGCAGCUGGCUGUGCUCGCGGCCGCAGGCGCGGUGGGCUUGGCCUGCCUCGUCCUGAGGGCGAGGCUCUUCCCGUAG